AUGAGCACGGGUUAUCGUGAUUUCGGAUCAAAACCUGGAUCCGGAGGUGUACAAAGUGCCAUCCUCUCCAAUGUAGAACGAAGAGAACGACAAACACAACUUGCACUUGAAAAUAUUGAUUUAGAAAAGGAUCCAUAUAUUAUGAAAAACCAUCUCGGAAAGUAUGAAUGUAAAUUAUGUUUAACGCUGCACAAUACCAUCGGAAAUUAUAUGGCCCACACACAAGGAAGAAGACAUAAAUAUAAUCUACACAAAAGAAUUGCUAAAGAACAAAAAGACUCAAAUCUCUCAAAAACUACCACACAACAACAACCAAUUUUCAAGAAAACACUAAAAAUUGGUAGACCUGGAUAUACCGUAUCAAAGAAGAUUAAUCCAGAAACAAAGCAAAAGUCUCUCGUUUUCAUGAUACAUUAUCCAGAAAUUGAGAAGGAAAUUCAACCUAGAUAUCGUAUUAUGAGUGCUUACGAACAAAAGAAAGAUCCACCCAAUCCAAAAUAUCAAUAUUUGGUGUUUGCAGCAGAUCCCUAUGAAACAAUUGCAUUCAAAAUACCAAACAAGCCAAUUGAUCGAAGUGAAGGAAAGUUUAUUACAGAUUGGGACAAGGAAAAGUUUACAUUUACACUCAAGUUACACUUUCAGAAAGAAGAAAAAGUACUGCCUCCUCCACCACCAAAUGUCACAAUUUCAUCAGUGGCAACAGCUGGCAAGAUGAUUCCUCCACCUCCACCACCUAAUGCUCCAACUGGCCUCGGAAGCAGAAAGCCAAUGAUUCCUCCACCUCCUCUGAAUGCUUCAAAAGUGAUUCCUCCACCUCCACCAGGAAUGCGAAAAUAA